UUUAGUUGCCCCUGCUUCUGGGCAUGCGCCUCGUGAUUUAUGCUCUGAGCAUUACAGUACUGGGGGAAACCGGCUUGGAGUUGUUGGGCCGGGCAUUGCCGGGGAGCGCUCCAGGCUUGCAUGGCGUGAAUGGUUAACAGUGACAGGAUCAAAACAGAGUGACUUCUCUAUCCAAGGCUACCACGCUAACCCCUUUGCUAUGGCUGGGGGCAUCACUGAUACCGGGGAGCUCUACUCUCCCUAUGUUGGCCUGGUGUACAUGUUCAAUCUCAUAGUUGGGACAGGAGCGUUAACUAUGCCGAAGGCUUUUGCUACUGCUGGUUGGUUGGUCAGUCUUAUCUUAAUAAUGUUCCUGGGGUUCAUGAGCUACAUGACCACAACAUUUGUAAUGGAGGCCAUGGCUGCUGCAAAUGCCCAACUUCGCUGGAAGAGAAUGGAAAAGCACAAGGAGGAGGAAGAGGAGGAGGAUUCCUCAUCUGGAGUUUCUGAUAGUGAUGUUCUUCUCCCAGAUGGCUAUGAGCGAUCAGAGAUACGACCUAUCUUAUCUGUUCAGAGACGAGGAGCACCUAAUAUUUUUGAAAUCACUGAAAGGGUGGAGAUGGGUCAGAUGGCCUCCAUGUUCUUCAAUAAAGUGGGAGUCAAUUUGUUUUAUUUCUGUUUAAUCAUCUACCUCUAUGGGGAUCUGGCAAUCUAUGCAGCUGCUGUCCCAGUUUCUCUCAUGCAGGUGACCUGUAGCGUGACUGGCAAUCAUUCCUGCAGUGUUGAAGAUGGUAUAAAGCAUAAUGACACAGAUAAAUGUUGGGGACCAAUCAGACGGAUUGAUGCUUACAGAAUUUAUCUGGCAGUGUUUACCCUCCUCUUAGGUCCAUUCACUUUCUUCAAUGUACAGAAAACAAAGUAUCUGCAAAUUGUGACAUCACUGAUGCGGUGGAUAGCAUUUGUCGUCAUGAUAAUUUUAGCCCUCAUCCGCAUCGCCAAGGGCCAAGGGGAAGGUCAUCCACCUCUGGCACAGCUCUCAGGAAUCCGCAAUCUCUUUGGGGUAUGUGUGUAUUCCUUCAUGUGCCAGCACUCCCUGCCAUCCCUCAUUACUCCCAUCUCCAAGAAGAAACAUGUUAACAAGUUGGUCCUGCUGGAUUACAUCUUGAUCCUGGGUUUUUAUAGCCUCUUGUCCUUCACUGCUAUUUACUGCUUCCACAACGGGACUCUCAUGGACAUGUACACGCUCAACUUCACCAACUGCGACAUUGUCAAUAUUGCAUUCAUCCGCUACUUCCUGGGCCUCUUUCCUGUUUUCACUAUCAGCACCAACUUUCCUAUAAUUGCUGUGACUCUGAGAAACAACUGGAAGACUCUCUUCCACCGGGAAGGAGGAACCUACCCAUGGGUAGUAGAUAGGAUUUUUUUCCCAGUUCUAACACUAAUUCCUCCCAUUAUCGUGGCUUUCUGCACCCAUGAUUUGGAGUCCUUGGUUGGCAUUACUGGGGCCUAUGCUGGGAAUGGGAUCCAGUACAUCAUCCCUGCUUUCUUAGCAUACUGUAGCCGAAAAGACACUCAGCUGGUCUUUGGAAGUGGCACGCUGAAUAAACAUGUGUCCCCAUUCCGGCACACAGUCUGGAUUUGGUUUGUGCUACUCUGGGGUCUUUUCUGUUUUCUUUUUGUGACUGCAAAUAUCAUUUUGAGUGAAACUAAGUUCUGAUGGAGCAGCAUUGCUUGUUACAGGAACCUGAAGGUGACUUCUAAGACUUCUCUUUCUGGCAUGGCACCUGGUAAGAACUUUUCUAAACAUUUUGAAUGCUAACACGGUCUUGAGUGUGAACUUGAUGCUCACCUUGCCCAUUUUGGGUGCAUUGCUGCUUUUCCAUUCAGACUCCACUUGGCGUAUAAAUGUGUGGGCCUGAACACUCCACCAGGCUGCUGUGAUUGCCCAGUAUCUGGUUUUUUGUUUUGCCUGACUACAGAUUCCACCACAGAAUGUCUUCCUCUCUGUUGUGCUGUGAUGUGUCGGAGGCUUUCGGAUAUGCAUCUUUUCCUCAAGAGUGAUGGGGAUGACCAGUACUGCUGCUACUAGCUGAACAAGCAGCCCAAGAAUCAAGCAAGCAGUGCUUUCUCAUGUUCUGUAUUCUUGCUGAAAUAAGACUUUUCUUUCUUUCUCCAGAUAACAAGGGGGGAAACCAUCAGGAGCAGAAUGGGGUCAACUAGUAAAACUAGAGCUCAUGGCAAUUUAAGUUUUCCACAGUGUUGGGCCAAACUAAACUGUGGCAUGGGAGAGAAAAGAAUGCCCCCAAUGGGAGCUUUCCCCCAACUUGAACAAUCCUGCUCCCCCCCACACACUCCCCCUGCUCCCGGUAUUUGUUUUGUUUUUCCAUUUCUGUUACAGAUUUUUUAAACAUGUAUGUAGCGUAGUCCCUGGGAUUAGACUCCUAGAUACUGCUCUGGGUAGCUUUUCUGUUAAGCUUGCAACUACUUCUUACUUCUGUUGGCUUUUAUGUUUUCUGUACACAAUUUCCAGUCUCUGAUUUCCCUAACUACGGGGCCCUCACUUGAGGAGAAAUAAAAGGGAGAACUUGUUUCCUGUGUUCCUUUAUGCUACUAAGUAGCCCUGACAUUGCCAGAGUCCUCCAUUUCACCCCUAUGCUGGGGCAUAUGUCAUUUGCAGGGACAUGAAGGUGCAAAUUAUUUGCUGGACAGGUAACCUGUGAAAGCAUUCAUAUAAUGUGUACCUAAGUUGGGUGUUGCCAAAUAAAGAGAAUAACAGCCAACAUUCUCUUGAGGCAGAAACGGGAUACGCAGGUAUAACCAGAGAAAGCAAAAUUCUUCGGAGAGGUUCAUAAAAACCAUUGUUUUGUAUCUUCUAACUUAAUACAAAGCCGCCGCCCCUCCAAAAAACCAAACUUACUAAGGGUAUUCACAUGGGCAGCCGAACCCAGGCUAGGGCAGCCCAGCCUGGGUCAGGCUGCAUGUGUGAAGCGCCGGGAGCUAAGUUGCUCUCGGCACUACCCUUGCACCAGGCCCCACUUCUCAACCUGGCGUUUAGCCAAGGUUAAGUGAACCUCUGGCAAUUGCCACCAGAUUAAAUGCCCACCCCCCCGGCCUGCUACCAUUUCUGGCAGCGAGCCAGGGGCGGGGGGAGGAGCAGCCACACCGAGCACAGUGGCUGCUCUAAUGAGCAGCCACCGCUUGUGGGGGUGCACAGCGGAGGGGAGGACAGUGGCCACUUGUCCGCCAGAGAAGGCAGGCAAGCUCCUGCCUUCCCCGCAGGCCUCCCGCCCUCCCCAGCCAGGUCAUGUGCGCAACAUCAAUGAAUUCCAUUCUGAAAAUUAAUCUCAUGGAAUUUUAAGUAUUUGUUCUCUUCCCCAUCCCCACAUUUUCCUUUUCCAUCUAAGCUUCUUAUUUUAUUGUACAUAAAAGUUUUAACCUAUGCAUGACCAUAGCAGGCCUGGGUCUGCCUGAAUCAUAUCUAAAGGGAUCAGGACAGAAUCUCAUUUUUAAGAUCCGAAAAGGUGCUAAGCCCGUCUUUCUGCCCCUGAUGCCGCUUUCCCCUUAGCUAUGCUCCAGUAUCAGAAGUGAGCCCUGCUUGGGAGAGACUGAGGGAGGGCUCCAAACAUGCAUGCCUCUUUUAGUCUUCUAAAUCUGAAUCCAGACCCAACACCAUCUCCCUCCUCCAUACACAAUUGGAAAGGACCUGGGUUUAAAGAUAAUGAUCUGCCCCAUCAUGUGUAGUGUGGGCCUUUUGGUUGAAAGGGAGCAGUUCUGAAGCUGCUGUUGACCACCAUUCUGUGAUAAAGUCAAAAGUAAUUUAGUAGACUGAGGAGCUUAGAAGGGGUCACAACGGUUUUAAUAUAAGGAUAACUUUCUUUUUAACUCCUUUGCCUAUAAAUAAAUUUAAACUGCUUUUUCUUUAUUAAAUUUCAUCUUCCAAGCCCCUGGAUUAUGUUUGCCUUCACCAGCCAGUAUAGCUGUGAUAUUAAAUUUGAUGUUUCACCAAAGUGAGCUGAGAAAUUAAGUUGUGUUGCUGUCUUUUUUCUUUCUUUUUUUAAAUCAAAAUUGUUAUCAGGAAAUAUUUUCCAGCCACUAUCCAACCUGAAUGGUUUCUGCUACAGAAACAGAUUGGCAGAGGUUGUGUCAAAACACACACACACACACACACACACACACACACACACACACACACACUUUCUCUUUAAGCAAGGGUAGCACAACUCUGCACAAAGAUAAACGUCCUUGCUAUGUUGCAUAAAGGUAGUUUUGACGACUAGGGGGAUUUUGCUCCGGGCACAAUACAGCCUGACAUCACCUCUCUUCUUGAUCUCAAGCUGUCCUUGGCAGCCGUUGCUGGUGCAUCAGAGAGUCACCUAAACAGCCCUGAAACCUUGCAGAUAGCUGCUGCUGCUGCUCCAACACCAGGAUAUUGAUGAAUUGGUAAGGAGUAGUGAAUUGCUCUGGUUCAGGGAGAAGAAAAAUACAGGGUUUUAGAACACAUACCUACAUUUUAGAUGAAAUGGGACUUCCCCCAUCACAAGUGAUGCAGACGUUUAGCAACUGCUUCCUUCUGUCACUCUUUCGCAUGACUGUUACAAAGCUCUGUCUGAGUGGGAGUGGGAUGGAUCACAGAUGGCCGUGGCAGAGCUGUUGCAUACUGGCCCAAUCUGUCCUUCUGCAAUAUGAGACACACAGAUAGGAUCAGCAUUGGCAGUUUAACAGCAGAAUAAUGUACCUGAAAAAUGACCUGUAAAUUGAUGAAAAUUGUGUUAUGGCAAUCCUAAUCUCCUAAUCUGGCUGCAUAAGGCUCUGAACAGUACAUGUACCACAUCUAGUUCACUAUAUUUCUGACACUUUUGGUCUCAUAGGAACGAAUGAGUCACUUUAUGUGUUGCUUUACCCCCAAUCGCCAAAGGAUUUUCUUCCCUUUCUCAACCUUUUGUGUAUCUACACCCCAUUAGAACAGUUUUCUUCUUUCCUAACGGGAGUCAGUCAUGUAAUAUGUGUCGCACAGAGAGAGCUCAGAAGUACUAGAUUUCAGUGAGAGCAGAAAUUGUUCAAUUUUCUGAACUGCAGUAGCAAUGCUUCAGUUCUGACCAUAUAGUCUAAUUCUAGGAUCUCAGUAUAUCCUGCUUUCCAGAAAGCUCCAUUUCUCAUCUUGAAAAGAUCUGAUGGUAUGCAACAAAGUAUAAUUUUGAUAGCUGAUUAGCUGAAAUCCCUCCCCUCCCCAAAUCCGUAGCUGUCUGAUGAAUUCUGUGCCUUUGGGGCUUAGAUUAUAGACUUUCAUUUAAAAUGUUGUUCCAGAUUGUUAGAAUUCCUCCUUGAUUUCAAAACAACAAUACCAUAAGGGAUUACUUUCUUUUUCCUUUUGGGAGCAUGCUUUUGAAAUGUCUUGACACUAGUGCCUUCCAUGUGGCCCUCACCUUGAAGAACUUCCUGUCCUGUUUUUAUGAUAAAAGUACUGAAGUAAAUGCUGAAGUGUACCAUCGAAUUCUCAGAUGCCAGCUGUCUGUAAGCAGUGGAGGAAUCUACCUCUGUUAAUGAUGGGAGGAAAGUUGUCUUUGUUUCAAAAUAUGCCUUAAAACAUGAAAUAAGUGGACCAAGAUGGAUCAAGCACAUGAGCUUGUUUAAUUUUUUUUACCCACUCUUAGAGGAGGUGCCUCAGGGAAUGAGGGGUAGAAUCCAGGGUCAUCCUAAGCAGUAGUUCUCUUUCCUCAUCCAGUUUUUAACAUAAUAUUUUUAAUUGGCUAAUAUCAUGUAACAAUUCUUCAUGAUGGCUCUUUGUUGCACUGUGUUCCCAGCUUGUCCCUGUAUGUAAUUAUUUUUCAGAAAGGCGUAAAUAAAUGCAGAUGAUACAUCUA